ACCUCAAACGAGGAAAACGUGUUUUGGAGGAAGUGCGCUGACAGUCUCUUUAGCAACAGCCGACCAUAAGCAAUGGCCUCCUGCGCGAUGGAUAAAACUUGAAUUAAUGAAUCAACUCUGUUGUUGCGUCACGUUAUCAUAAGUACUUAGCUGUUUAUAGAAUCAAAGAGUAGAAAUUUCAGCACUAAGAGGUAGAAAACCCAGCUGUGGCUUGGAAUGGCCAGCGGCGGUGGAUUGGCGUCGAACCAAAGCGCUCCGGAGGCUCCCUCAAACUCGGUCCAAUGCGGAGCUGCAGCGGCUCUGUGCAACAUGCCGGCUCCGUCCGCCUCCCCGCCGGGCCUCGGCCUUCAGCGGGAGCCCGUCUACAACUGGCAGGCGACGAAGAGCUCAUUGAAAGAGCGCUUCGCUUUCUUGUUCAACAACGAGCUGCUCAGUGACGUCAGGUUCGUCGUGGGGAAAGGCAGACAGGCCCAGAGGAUACCUGCUCACAAAUUCGUCCUGGCGGCUGGCAGCGCCGUCUUCGAUGCCAUGUUUAAUGGAGGGAUGGCCACCACGUCGGCUGAAAUCGAGCUCCCUGAUGUGGAGCCGGCUGCAUUCCUGGCCCUGCUCAGGUUUCUGUAUUCUGACGAGGUCCAUAUUGGUCCAGAAACUGUGAUGACGACUCUGUAUACAGCGAAGAAAUAUGCAGUUCCAGCUCUGGAGGGUCACUGUGUGGAGUUCCUGACCAAGCAUCUGAGAGCGGACAACGCCUUCAUGCUCCUCACCCAGGCGAGGUUAUUUGAUGAGCCUCAGCUUGCCACUCUCUGCCUGGACACCAUUGACAAAAGCACUGCAGACGCAAUAAACGCGGAGGGCUUUACUGACAUUGACCUGGAUACUCUAUGUGCAGUGUUGGAGAGAGACACUCUUAGCAUCAGGGAGAAUCGUCUGUUCGAAGCAGUGGUCCGCUGGGCAGAGGCAGAGUGUUACAGACAGCAGCUUCCCCCGACAUCGGAGAACAAGCAGAAAGUCCUGGGAAAAGCCCUUCCACUGAUCCGCUUCCCUCUUAUGACCGUUGAAGAGUUUGCAGCCGGGCCUGCCCAGUCUGGAAUAUUGUUCGAUCGGGAGGUGGUAAAUCUGUUUUUACACUUUACAGUAAACCCCAAACCACGGGUCGACUACAUUGACAGGCCUCGCUGCUGCCUCAGGGGGGAGGAGUGUAGCAUUAAUAGGUUCCAGCAGGUUGAGAGUCGGUGGGGGUACAGCGGCACCAGCGACAGAAUCAGAUUUAAUGUUAACAGAAGAAUAUGCAUUGUGGGUUUUGGCUUAUAUGGUUCCAUACAUGGACCCACCGACUAUCAGGUCAACAUACAGAUCAUAGAAAGCGACAAACGCAUCACACUAGGUCAGAAUGACACCGCUUUCAGCUGCGACGGCUCAGGAAACACCUUCAGAGUGAUGUUUAAAGAGCCUGUGGAGAUCCUCCCCAACAUCAGCUACACUGCAUGUGCCACCCUAAAGGGUCCAGACUCUCAUUAUGGCACUAAAGGGUUGAAGAAAGUGACAAAAGAAUCAACCACUGGGACCAAAACAACAUUUCUGUUUUUUAGCUCACCUGGAAACAACAAUGGAACGUCAGUGGAGGACGGACAGAUACCCGAGAUCAUCUAUUACAUAUGAACUUUGCGUGUUGCCAUGCAGGUACAAAGAACCAGGAGACCUCAGACCACUGGGUAGAUUGGACUGCUAUGAAUGAAUGCAGUGCCUCGGGAUCCCAUGGAGUAUUAAAAUAUGUAUGUAUGUGUGUGUGUGUGAGAGAGAGAGAGAGUGGAAGAAUCUAUGUACAUAAACAUGCAGCUCGGUUUGUGUGUGGAAAAGGUUUUUUUUUCGGCCUAAAAUACUUUUUCUGUCAUAAGUUGUCUGAAUACUGAUGUUCUGUGAUGCAGAAGUUGUACAGAUAAAAAGGCAAAUGCAGCAAUCCAACCUUCAUCGAGGCCAACUCACUAUAUCGGUUUGUACUGAUGCAUAUUUUAAUCGUGCACUGUUGUACUUUAUAAAGCAGGUGUCUUCAAGUACUUUCUGUUUGUUGUACAAAAAGGACCAGUCUUCAUUUUGCCAGUGGUUCACUCUGUAAAUUAUUAGUCAAUAUUUACUUAGCACUUCACUAAAAUGUACACGGGAAAA